AUGGCCACACGAGGAGCCUCUCCCUCUUACCAAAACGCUCCCACCGAGGCGGAAUGGAGUUUUCAUCAGGAUGAUAUCAUUCAAUAUUUCGAGAAGAUGAAACUAAGUGAAGUGCGCAAAGUAAUGGAGCGGGACUAUGGGUUCGUAGCAAGCAAGAGAAUGUACGAAACGAGACUCAAGGCAUGGGGCGUUCGCAAAAACACUUCAGCUAUUGAAAAGAAAAAUCUUCUCAGUCGGAUCAUAGUUCAAUGUGCCAAUAAUCAAUCGAGGAAGAUAACCGAGAUUGAAAUAUUACCAACGGACCUCCAUAAGCUUGAACGAUAUGUGAAUAAGGAUUCCACCAAACAAUAUCCAGAAGUGCCGCACAAUAAUUGCCACAUUGUUUUCGAUGCUCGGUACCCUGGUCAACGGAGCCCGGCACACGUUCGAGUGAAAAUCGCCAUUUCUCGAAAUCAUACCAGUGGCAGACCAAAGAUGAGAAUGAAGAUCCUAUCAAGGCAACCAGAUCAGCCUACGAGCCCCGGAAAUGGAAGCUUUGACUAUGAUAUAUCGCCUUCUUUCCUCGCAGAGUCUGAUGUAGAUACAACUAACCCACCAUGCAGCAAGGUUGUACCGGAAGAUACCACUUGGAACGACCAAAUUCAUUAUUACUGGAUAUACGAAACCAGCCUGCCACUAGACUCUCUACCCAUCUGCUCGGAUGAAUUCAGUUUUGCGCUAAUUUUACAGAGUGUCAAAAGCCACCUUAAAUCACAAUUCAGUCGUCAGGCAACAGACAGCAUCGAAUAUAGAGAUGGGGCAUUUGAUUUAACCGCAGCUGCAUUCUGGAGAGACAUAAAGUACGCGAUUUCUCUACUUAAGAGACAGUCUCUCAAAGCGUGGGAAACGUUAAGAGAAGCUGGAAAAAAGGUGGAUUUGACAAUCAGUCCUGAGCCAAGAUGUUUUAUGGGUGAGCUAUUCGCCACAACGUCACCCGUCAACACGAAAGUGUGUCCGGGGUUGCGUACAGUACUUUUGCAACUUCUCUGGAAAGAAUCGUAUAAAAAAUUAGGAGUACAACAUCCGUUUUCAAUUGUCUGCUUUGAGCUCCAGAAAGGCGACACCCAUCGAGGACAAUCAGAACAGGCCAUUAAACUGGUCCGAGAUCUGUUUGCUCAACACCUGGAUCCUUUGCACCCAGAGACUCUCCGAUGGAAGCGAGCGGAAAUCACUUUACUAAGGCGGGAUGGUGAGCUCGAUUCAGCUCGCCGACUGUGCCUUCAGCUCCUGGAUGAAACAAGGUCAAAUCCUAACACCUGUACGAAACAAUCGAGGAUCGUGUUGAAUGAAUUGAUCAAGAUGUACAUGGACGCAAAGGAAUAUGACCUCGCCGCGAGGUGCUGCAUUGAAGGUAUCGGUGACGCAGUAAAGGAGCUAGGGGUAAACUUCCCAGACGACUGUGCUGUUCGGAUGAUGGAAGACAUGGCGGACAUAGCUGGACUGAGAGGCGAUACCGGAGGUCAGGUUUUCUGGCUUCACCAGGCAAAACUAGGAAGCCAGAAGACGCGUUCUCGAUCAUUCACUACGGGCUUUAUCGACGAAAGCUUGCAACAGCUUCAGCCUACAUCUCCUGCGCAAUUGCAGACGAGAGGUGCUCCUGUCUAG